AUGGGUUGGUGGACCGGGCAUCGAUUGAUGCUUUUCUUGCAAAGCCCGGUUGUCGCUAUCUUAGCUGAUCUAUACGACACAUUUGACCAAAGAUGUGAGAAGAACCAUGCAAGGAUCGUUCGCUGUACUCCGGCCCUCUAUGUAUGGUUGGUUUCACACUUCUUUCACCAAGAGAUGAGACAUAUUUGCCCGUUAGAAGGCCACCGCUCAUGCACUGAGAAAAAAAAGGCAAAUUGGGACUGGCUCUUAGCAAACAAAGAGGGAGCGUCUGUCAAUUGGUUCCCCCGAUGGAAGGAAGGGAGAACCGGGAUUCUUAUUUCGUGUGGGAAAUUUCCAAAUGUUCCCUUGAUGGGGACGCGGGGUUGCAUCAAUUACAAUCCCGUCCUCGCUAUAAGACAACUUGGUUACCCUAUGAGAGGGGCGCCAUCAGAGGAAGUCCUCAUACCUUUCAUUACACGAGGUUUUAAUAGCACCAACGCGGGGGUGCUUCAGAGGGUCCACAAGGCAUGGGAAAUGUCGCAAAGAAAGGACAAGGAACUUAGGGGGAGUAGCAACGGGCCCAUCGACGGCUAUCGUAGGUGGUUGAAAGCCUACACACAAGAUCUGGAUUGGCUCCCGAGUUUGAGGACCACUAAGGGGAUGGAGAUUGAAACUCCGGAAGAAGACGAAGAGGUACAGGCCCUCAAGAUAGAACUUGAGAAAGCCCAGACAGUCAAGGAAAAGUUCAAGUCAGUAGCUGUUAGGAUCCGAAUGGAGAACGCCGAACUGAGAGACGUCAAUAUAGCCACCACCAAGGCCUUGGAAGUGGCGGACGAAUACGCUCGAGUGUACGCGGAAAAGGAGGCUAGAGGAAGGGUGAUUGACUUGUUACAUCAAGAAGCAACGAUGUGGAUGGAUUGGUUUGCUCUUACUUUGAACGGGAGUCAAGAGCUUCCCCGUUUGCUGGCAAAGGCCAAAGCUAUGGCGGACACCUACUCUGCCCCCGAGGAGAUCCACGGGCUCUUCCACUAUUGUCAACACACGAUAGACUUGAUGGCCCAUAUAAUUAGGAACCGUUAG